AAGUGAAACCAGUUGGUAAUGGUAUCUGAAAGAUGCAUGCGCAGUCUGCCUGGUUUUUAAUUCGUAUUUCGUUUCGUAUUGGAUUUGAUUCUUGAUUGUGUUGUGUGCAAUUAUUGAGUGACUUUUUCAACAAAAAAAUAAAUAUACUAAUCCCAGUGUAUCCAUACAUACAUUUAAAUUUUGUUUUAUUAUUGUUUAUUUAAAACAAAACAAGGAUUUUGUUUAAUUAAAAAAACUUUGUGCUACGAUCACUCCCUUUUUCAACGGAAUCAACGAAAAAUCAAAACCCAAGUACCUUAACAAAAAAAAAAGAAAAAAAAGAGUAUUGGCUAACCAGAUCAACUUUCACAAAGUGCCUUGCCAGUGUUGUAUCUUGUAUUUCUGUAUCUCUGUAUGUAUAUAGAACGCGAAAAUAGUGCCUACGUUGAUCAACAAAGAAAAUAAACGAUCUCGAACUCUAUCAAUAUAGAUACUUUGGAGCAUGAAUUAUGGUGUAGUCUGUAGUGUUUUUACGGAUAAAAUUUUUAUACAUUCACAUAGCUGAAUGAGAGAGAAACCUAGAAUGUUGAUGCUGCAAUAUAGUAAACAUGGAGAGUGUAUUCUCAAAGAAAUUAAAGCUGCUUUCCGAGGCGAACACCCGGCUGAUUUAUUAAUUGUUUGUGAAAACAAAGUAACACUUCAUGCACACAAAUUGGUCCUUGCGGCUGCCAGCCCCUUAAUAAGGAUGCUCCUUGAAGAAACUCAAUUUUUAGACUGUACCACAACAGUUUACUUCCCUGAUGUCAAUGCAAAUUAUUUUCGGUCUCUAUUGGAUUUUCUGUAUUCCGGACAGACGUGUAUUCCUUCAAAUGAUAUAAACUAUUUGCAUGAUCUCUUACUUUUAUUACAAAUUAAGUCGGAUUAUUUGAAAACUUGCGAUUCUCAGUAUCUAAAUGUAGCAAAGCACGAAAAUGAAAUUGAAUUGUACAGCUCUUCUUACUGCAGCAAGGACAUGCGUCGAAAAAAAAGAUUAUCUAAAACCGAGCCACCCACCUCCCAGAAUUCUGGAAAAUGGGAAAAUUUAAGUGACGAAUGUAAAAAGGAAGGCCGCAAAUCAAAUCCCUCACGAGAACAUCAUAAUGAUCGAGUGUCGGAAAAAUCAGAAGAAAAAAGAUGCGAAGAACCGUUAUUUGAUAAAACAGCUGCAACCACUCGAACCGAAAUAUCUGAAAAUAGGAACUUGAAUACUAUAGGCGAACGCAGAAUGUCAUCGGAUCCCGUUAAUUUAUCACUUGGAACUCGAAAUAUGGACGAAGAAAGCGACUCACAUACCCAACCAAACGAAGACAAAAUAAAUCUAUUAUGCAAAGGACAGGACAAAAAGAAAGGGCUAUCACUGCUACCAGAUUCAGAGGUUCUCAAACAAUUACCAGACCAUCAACUUUUACAAAACUCUCCAGAAGAUUACGUUGUUACACCGCACAGAAAACGCAGGCCAGGUUUUCAUAACUCGCCUAGUCAAAACCAGCCUUUUCUUCCGUACCAUCCUAUGAUAAUGGAUGAGUUAAGCUCACAAAAAUCGUCUUCCACUUAUACAUCCGAAAGAAACAUGCUGAACUCAACAGCUAGGGGUCUUAUAAAUACCGAUGAUCUAUUUGUAUAUAACCACAAAAACGUCGGAGCAAAUAGAGAAAAAAUGACAAGUCCCGAUCAAAACUUGCAAAUAAGCUCACCUUUCAUUUAUCAAUGGCAAUCUUCCCACAAUUCAACUGCGUCAUCUCAAAUCGAUAUGUCCUCACCCAACAUGAAUAUGUCAACGUUGGGUUGCAAAAUUGAUCCAGCCGAAGCCGAUGGUCCCAAUUCGAGUGUUAGAAGUAGUGCAGCCGCAAAUCAAAUAUUCAACAACAAUGCUGGCAGCAGCACUGUUCGAGAAUAUCGAUGUGAAUAUUGUGGAAAACAAUUUGGCAUGUCCUGGAAUCUGAAAACUCAUUUGAGGGUUCAUACGGGAGAGAAACCGUUCGCAUGUAGACUUUGCGUAGCAAUGUUCAAACAGAAAGCCCAUCUUCUUAAACAUUUGUGUUCUGUCCACCGUAAUAUAAUAAGUUCAACAAAUGACUCCGAAACAAUAAAAGCAUACAGCUGUUGUUUCUGUUCAAUGGGAUUUGAAUCAGUGCAAGAGCUCAUAAGACAUUUAUCAGGCCACCAUAAUAAUCUACUUUUAACAAAAAAUUUAAGAGAUUAAGUUGUAUAAUGUAUAAUGUAUAAUAAUUAUAAUAUUAUACCUACUGUUAUAGAUAAAAUCAACUCACAACAAAAAAGUAUUUGAAAAAUAGCAUCUUUGGUUUUGUUGAUGUGAUACAAUUAGACUGGAAGAUAUCAUAUUUAUUGAAUCCGAAUUAAACUGAACAGGUCUCCAGGCUACAAUAGCACAAUCUUCAAACACUCCGUGCUUUACUUUUAAUAUAAUACUAAGUUGUAAAUGCUUAGAUAUUAGCUUUACUUGUAAGCUCGAUAAAUCACAUUUGGCGUGUAAUUAAGACAUUCAAGUUUUACAAAUUGUAUUCCAUUUGUUGUAUUAAAAUAAAUUUAAAAUGAAUUCCAUAGAUUUUUAAGGACACUCUUUGAUUAAUAAAAAAAAAACAUUCACUGAAA